UUCAGUUCCCCAGUUCCACAUUUUUACAGAGGCAGAAGCACAGCUUUUGACUUUUGUUUUGUAAGCAUUGCGGGAAGAGUUGAGAUCACUUUUUAUUCUACCAUGUAUAACUUUAGAAUAGUACGAAGAAGUGAAUUAUAAAAGGAUGUAAUACAUUAGACAUCUCUUCAUUUUGGAGCGAGAAGAUGGAAACAUCACUGGUUUUCCUUUCUCAGUUAAACAUGUGUGAAUCGAGAGAAAAAACUUUUUUCAAGUUAAUACAUAGUUCAGGGAAAGAAGAGGCAAGCAAAGAAGCCAAAAUCAGAGCAAAAGAAAAAAGAAAUAGGCUAAGUCUUCUUGUGCAGAAACUUGAGUUUCAUGAAGAGACCCACUCCGGUAGAUCUGGGAAAUUCGCCAAAGAAACAAGAGUCUCCCCUGAAGAAGCAGUGAGAUGGGGUGAAUCAUUUGACAAUCUGCUUUCCCAUAGAGAUGGACUGGAGGCUUUUACCAGAUUUCUUAAAACUGAAUUCAGUGAGGAAAACAUUGAGUUUUGGAAAGCCUGUGAAGAUUUCAAGAAAAGCAAGGAACCUCAACAGAUUAUUCUUAAAGCAAAAGCAAUAUACGAAAAAUUUAUAGAGAAUGACGCUCCACAGGAGGUUAACCUUGAUUUUCACACCAAAGAAAUCAUUGCUAAGAGCAUCACCCAACCCACUCUCCACAGUUUUGAUGCUGCACAAAGCAGAGUGUAUCAGCUCAUGGAACAAGACAGUUACACACGAUUCCUGAAAUCUGACAUCUACUUAGAUUUGAUAGAAGGAAGACCUCAGAGACCAACAAAUCUUAGGAGACGAUCACGCUCAUUUACUUGCAAUGAAUUCCAAGAUGUAAAUUCAGAUGUUGCCAUUUGGUUAUAAAGAAAAUUGAUUUUUCUCAUUUUGAUGGCAAACUUGUACAUCUGCUUCUAAUAUAUAGCAUAUAUAUGAUAAGGAUUAGCUACAACUUUUAAAAUGUACUACAUCUGUUCCAGAAGAAUUUUGAAAGUGUAAAUCAAAAUUUAUCGCUAACAAAAUGCAUACUGUAUCUGCCAUUAUAUCCUGUAAAACCUUUCUUUUGACAUCAUUCCAUUUACAGUCAGGGAAACCUAUUCCUUAAUUAGGCAUAGAGAAGUAAUAGAAAUGUUUUGUAAGAUCGCAGAGUUAUAUAAAGGUUAAAAUUUUGCAAAAUUGUCAAUUUAAUCAAAUAUUUAUUUCAUAUUUUUCUAAUGUAAACACAUUAAUACUCAAAUAUGUUCAGACAUCAUUUUCCAUAACAAUGACAGAGAACCUUCUCCAGUAUAGAGAGUUUAGGAGUGAUCCAGUUCUUACAAUGCGGAAAGCUUAACAUGUGUUCUUGGGUUACUAAUCCUGGCUCAAGAAUAGCAACAGAUCAUGUCUAGCUAUAAGCCAGCAACAGAAACUUUGGUGAUGACCUGUUCAUCCCUCCAGAACUUCCAGGUUAAACAUAACCUAGGUUAGUGAGUGAAAAAGAGAUCCCCAUGUGGACUCAUUCCUGAGUCUGCCUGAAUUUACCCAGUUCUAAGGAGCACUUCUGGCCACAAAAACAUGACUAGAUUAUACAGAUAGCUACAUUUUAGGACUGAAUACAUCCCAACUUGGUACCUGCUAAGAAACUUGCUGAUAAAAUACUAGACAAUCAUUAGUUUGAAUGAUGAUGACCAGAGGAGGUUUUUCCCAGGAGUAAUUGGGUAUCCAGCUUAGACUUUUAGAGUUGAUGCAGUAAUUAGAAAUGAGAGGAGGUGAGGAAGCAAGAUGCCCUGGUGAUUUGGGCAUCUUCCACAACACCUUCACAUUCAGAAAAUGUUCUCCCAUUG